AUGCCCCUCGCACUGCGACGAGCCCUUGUCGAGACAGCGGCGCUGCCGCUCUCCGUUGUGCUUGGCUGCGUCCUUGCAGGGCUGCUCGUGCUACUGGCCUGCCUCGUCUGCUACCAUUAUGGCUACUGCUUUCGGCGUCGCCCCGCCACGUCCAGCCUCCACAAGCCAAGUGCGAAGAAGGCCCGGGAUACGGAACCCACCGUCAUGAACAACGAUGGCCGCGACUCGAUCUUCUUCAUCCUUGGGGAUACCAACACAGCGGCGAUGGCGAUGGCAGUGACCGACACAGACUCGAGCGACGCCGAUGCAGUGGAACUCUGGUCGAGCGAGAACCGCUCCACGAACCGGUCGACCGACUUUUUCUUUGCGCCGCCCAGUGGCCACGAAAGCAUUGGCUGCAACGUCGCGGUGGACAUCUAUGGCUCGUCAUGGGGCAGCGCGUCGGGCCGCUCCAGCUACACGCUCUCUGAAGAGUCGGUCCUGUACCUCGAGAGCCGGCGGUCAAUGGACGACGACUGCAUCUCCGAGGGUGCGAUGGACAGCAGCGAGUACUAG